AUGCUUUCAUCACGGGCAUCCACCAGACUCUGUGCGCCGAAGCAGGCUGCCCAGCUUGCCCGGGCGGUGGCGCCUCACAACAUGGUCUCCUCCUCCUUCGUAGGCUACUACUGCCACUCGACCGCCGGCCUCCGCAUCUCGGCGAUGGCCUCCCCGCGGUCCUUUUCGACAACGCCCGUCACCCGGCUCAAGGACUUCUUCCCCGCCAAGGAGACGGAGCACAUCCGCACGACGGCACCGGCAUGGCCCCACCCGGGCUACACCGAGCAACAGAUGCACGACAUCGUGCCGGACCACCGCGAGCCGCGCUCAGCCAGCGACUGGGCGGCCUGGAAGUUCGUGCGCCUGGCGCGGUGGUGCAUGGACCGGGCGACGGGGCUGGGCAAGGAACAGCAGGUCGACAAGAAGAACCCGACGACGUCGCUGAUCGCCGACAAGCCCCUGACCGAGUCACAGUGGCUGGUGCGGUUCAUCUUUCUCGAGAGCAUCGCCGGAGUUCCGGGCAUGGUCGCCGGCAUGCUGCGGCACCUCGGCAGCCUGCGCCGCAUGAGGCGCGACAACGGCUGGAUCGAGACGCUCCUCGAGGAGAGCUUCAACGAGCGCAUGCACCUGCUGACUUUCAUGAAGAUGUCGGAGCCGGGCUGGUUCAUGAAGGUCAUGAUCCUCGGUGCCCAGGGCGUCUUCUUCAACGGCAUGUUCCUGUCGUACCUGGUCGCGCCAAAGGUCACUCACCGCUUCGUCGGGUACCUUGAGGAGGAAGCCGUGCACACCUACACGCGCUGCCUGUAUGAGAUCGACCAGGGCCUCCUCCCCAAGUGGUCCGAUCCCAACUUUGUCAUUCCCGACAUUGCGGUUCAGUACUGGAAGAUCCCGGAGGGACACAGGACGAUGAAGGACUUGAUUCUGUACAUCAGGGCCGACGAGGCCGUCCACCGAGGCGUUAACCACACCCUGGGUAACCUCAACCAGAAAGAAGACCCAAACCCGUUCGUCAGCGAGUACAAAGAUGGUCACAAGCCGAACGCUGCACUGAGACCGCAGGGGUUCGAGCGCGAAGAGGUCAUCUAG